AUGGCCCUGAAGCUUCUGGGCCACCAGAGUCUCCUGAGCGACGCCCCGCGAAUUUUUGUCGUGGGGCUUGUGCUCUAUGCCGUCGGACUCGUGGCCUACAGGCUCCUGUUCCACCCCCUCAGAAACAUUCCUGGCCCAUGGUACGCUGCAGCCACUUAUUGGUAUGAGUUCUACCAGGAUGUCAUCCUGGACGGCCAUUUCAUCAAGGAUUACCCCAAACUCCACGCUAAGUAUGGUGAGGUCUACGGAAAUGGCACCAAGUACACCAAGGACCCUGAUUUCUUCCAGAGCGGAGGCGGUAUCAAGUAUUCCAUCAUCAUGUUGAUUGAUCCUGAGGCGCACAAGCAGCGCAGGAACACUGUGAAGUCAAUUUUCUCGCCAAAACAGAUGGAUCAGUUGGCCCCCGUCGUUCUUGACGUCGUCAAGAGGGCCAUGGCAAGGGCCCAGAGGUCAUUCGAGAAGGGAGAAGCUAUCAGCAUGCAGCCCUUCUGGCAGGCCGUGACAGUCGAUACCAUUAUGCCUGUCCUAUUCGACAGAAACAUGAACUUGGUUGACCAGGAUGAGGAGUUUCCCCCCUUCUUGGACAUCAUGGAAAAGUUUGCAGAGAACUUCCUGAUUACGAAGCACUUUCCGUUUCUCAUUCAUCUUGCCAUGGCUAUUCCUAUGAGCAUCGCUCAAAAGCUACUGCCGGGAUAUGCUCAGUUCCGCCACCAAUGUUCCGAGUGGAUUCAGGAGAUUGAAGACAAGCAAAACGCUGGAAUUGAUACCGCUUCCGAUGGCCGAAGCACAUAUUUUGAUACUUUGCUGAGCACCAAAAACACAAAGAUGUACCACAAGCUGAGCCGCGAGGCGCUUGUUGACGAAGCUCUGGCUUUGUGUUUUGCAGGCACCGACACAACCAGCUUUGGCCUGACCUUCGGCACUUACUACUUGCUCAGGCAUCCUGACAAGUUGGAUAAGGUGCUUGAAGAGUUGAAGACUGUUGACACCAACUCAGAGGGUCUUUAUGAGUACCGUGACAUCAGCAGCCUACCUUAUUUGAGCGCGACUAUCAAGGAGAUUUUGCGUCUCUCCUCUCCAGUACCUGGCAUCAUCCCGAGAAGAGUCCCCAAAGGCGGCGCCACUGUUGACGGCUACUAUCUUCCGGAAGGAACAACUGUCUCGCAGACUCUCCGCACUAUUCAUGACAACCCUGAUCUAUUCGCCGAGCCUGAGAAAUUCAUUCCAGAACGUUGGCUCGGAGAACAGGGAUGGGCGUUGGAGAAGUAUUUCGUUCCAUUCAGCAAGGGACCGCGAUCCUGUUUGGGCAUGAAUGUUGCUUAUGUUGAGAUGUACCUCAGCAUCGCAAACUUCUUCAGCCGGUUCGACAUGAGUCUUUACAAGACAGACGAGACGACAGCAAUCUGGAUUGACAGUGCUGCAGCCAGGAUCUGGAAACCUAUCAGAGUCAAGAUUGACUCCAUCAAAUAA